UUUAUAAAUAUAUCUUAAAAAAUGUAAUGCAGGCAGAAAAUUAUUUUAUUUACUAAAUAUUAUAGAGUACUGUAUUUGGAUAUUUUAUAAUUUUUGCAUUUCACAUGCAUUUUAUGCAUUGUGACAAAUUACUAUUUCUUAUAAGUUGUCAAAAAUCCGCAGUGUAAUAGUGAUAACCUAAAAUAUAAUAAAGAAUGUACAUACAUACUUAUAUACAUUAUUAUACAUUUUUUUUUAUUAGGAUGAAAAAUCGAUACUCUUGCAGAGAAUUAAGUGGCAUACUUUUCAAAUUUGAUCACCUGUGAAUCGAAAUUUCAUUGUAAUGUACAAUGACUAGACCGCUGAUGUUUGUGCAUUUUUGGGAAAUUUAAAAUUUCAAAAAUUUACAAAAUGCAUAUAAUACAUAAAAGUAUCUAAAGUAGAAUAGUCAUUUUAAUAUUUAAUAGAUGAAACAGAUUUCUAUUUAGAAUCUAUUUUUUUAGUCAUGUUCAUAGAAAUGUAAUACUCUAUAAACAUUCACACCCUAAUAAUGACAAUUUACAAGUUGAUUCUAAAGACGAUGGAUAAAUAGGCCAAUUUCCAUUAAUUUUCAGUAUGUUUUGAAGUGGAUGCUGUGUCAAAUUGAUUUGAUAGGCCGCAGCCAUUCUUGUUUUCGGUACGUUGGCGGUUGGCAACGACGCUUCCAACGUAUUCCAAGGGAUGAAUCGAAUACUGCAGAAACCGUAAUUGACUGGCCAAGUAAUAACAGUUUAGAAAGUAUGCGGCCGGAUUCACGUAGCGUUUCGUUCACGUUUCACCGGGAAGUUCUGAAUGUUAAAAAUUCACCGGAGAUCACGAAAAAACUGAGACGACGCCUUCAGGAUCGUUUCGAGAAGGAAAAGCCCGGAGAUUCUUGUAAGGAGAAAAUGUCAAAAGAUAAGCAAACAGGUGACCGUAGCUGGAACAAUUUAAGUCUUGGAAAUAUGUCAGCGGAUUCCAGACGUGCUCUGCGAAACGGAGCCGAAAAGUUAUCAAAAACUAUAUCUUCUGUACGUACAACUUUUGGAACUAUUUCACAGAAGUUUAAGAGUUCCACACGUAGACGUCAAAGACUGGAGGAGCAACAAUCUCCAAAUAGCAUUUGUAAAAUGCAAACUCCCCAGACUCGUUCUCGCCAGCUCCUUGGUAGAACACCAACAAAGCUUUAUAGUCCUUUUGGCAUAGAAUCUCCAAGACAUGCGUGGAACAAAGAGAACAAUGAAACACCGGUGCAUACUCCUCCAGGAAUGAAUACACGAUAUAUCCAAUGUAGGCCAUUCCGUUUCACCAGAGCUAAAGGAUUCUCUAUGUUGAGAUAAAAUCUCUUUCUUUAGUUAUUCUUUUCUUAAAUGUUACUUGAAUGAUCUCUUUAAUUCCCAGCAAUGCAUUCAGGAUUAUGUGCCUUGUGCAACGUACAAUUGAAUUAUUUAUUCAACUUCAAUUAAGCUAGUGAUCUACUUUGACAUAUUUGUAUCUCUCUAACAUGUUAUCUAUAAUAUCAAACUGCUUUACAUGUACAUGUAAUGUAUAAUCUAUUUAUACUUUUUUAUACAUAUUUAUAUUGAUAAUUAUUAUUAUUACAAUAUCGAAUAAAGAAGAAGCAUAAGGAACUCUUUAAGUCAAACGUAUUAAGCAAUUAAUCUAAACAAGAUAUUUAACUUUUCAGUUAUAAGAUUUUAAGAAAUGAUCGAAGUUAGCGCUCCAGAGGGAACUUAACCUUUACGCGAUCAACUACUGUUCACCGAUAUUCUUCAUACAACUCGUCACAUCUAAUUAAUUUGUAUUUAAUUUCUCAUCUGUUUCAAAUAAAACAAGACGAUUAGGAA